GGAGGAGCCUUUAUUAUGGUGGCUGAUUACAGCCUAAUGUUUGCAACACUAGAAAAGAAAUGAACCAAUGGUUUAUAAAGAAUUUUAGGACCUUGAAAGAAAAAGAUUCAUAGGAGUUUUACAAAACAGCCUUUUCUAGCUUCCUGCAGCAUCUAGCAGCAUAUGUGGUUUUAAUACUGAAGGUAUUAAAGCAACAUGUUUUAUCAGUAAUUUUUAUUUUGUUGCUUCACUGUACUUUUGCCACAUAUAACGACAUCUUCAUACGGUUUAUUGGUGGGAUGUUUGCAUGUUUCAGUUUUGCCCUAACUUGCAGGUGGAGAGCCUGGUGGAGGCCAGGCUGUGGAACAACAUCUUCACCUGGACACAACAGAAGCUGGGUCUUCCACUAGGAUGCAUCAAGGCGACGGUGCUGAUAGAAAACGUGUUGGCAACGUUUGAAAUGGAGGAGAUUCUUUAUGAGCUGCGGGAACACUCAGCAGGGCUCAACUGUGGCAUCUGGGAUUACUCUGCUUCCUUCGUCAAUAAGUUUGGUCAUCGUCAGGACUUCCUGCUGCCGGACCGCAGCAAGUACGUGAACAUGGAGAAACGUUUUCUGAGGAGCUACAUGGACCUGCUGGUUCAGACGUGUCACAGACGGGGAGCGCUGGCCACAGGAGGCAUGGCUGCUUCGCUGCUUCCUCACGGCCAGCACACACACGCCUACAGCACAGUGCUAGACUCUGUGGAAAGGCUGAAGUUAUUGGAAAUCAAGGCAGGUGUUGAUGGCUUCAUGGUGUAUGACAUGAAUUUGAUUAAACCCAUGCAAGAACUGUUUGAGCUUCACACUGAGGGUGACAACCAGCUCCACCAGCUCCGGGACAAUGUCAGUGUGACUCCUGAGGACCUGCUGUCCAUGCCCUCUGGAGGAGUCACUCUUUAUGGGCUUAAGUAUAACAUUGCAGUGGGUGUCCUGUUUAUUAAUGCAUGGCUAUCAGGUAAAGGCCAUUUUUUCUACAGAGGCCAGGUGGAAGACUCGGCCACCGCAGAGAUUUCUAGAUCCCAGGUGUGGCAGUGGAUCCGACACCAGGCUCGACUAGAAGAUGACGGCAGGGUGGUGAGCAGGCAGAUCGUCACUGAACUCACCAAGGAGGUCAGCACUGAACUUGGCUGCCUGUGUCCCUCUGAAAGGACUGAACAGAGGUUACACACGGCAGCAGACAUGUUCCUGGAGGUGGUUCUGAAGAGACAUUUCCCAGAGUUCAUCACCUCUUACCUGAACUUGGACCACACUUUUCUCACCUCCCAGAACCUGAGAGAGGAGGAGGAGGCAGCGGUGGAAACAGGAAGACAACGAGCCAAGCUGUGAGGGGCAACCAGGAGCAGAGUGAUGGAAAACCAACAGACCUAAAAGUCAUGACAUGUAUGCAGCUAAUUCUGUGUAACGCAAUCCUUCAGAGAAAUGUGCCAAUAAAUUUCCCUUACUAGUCCA